CGUCUCAGACUGCGGCGCGCUAACUGCCUCGGGUGGGCGGCGGGCUCCGGCGGGUGCUGGUGGUUCCGGGCCCGCGGGCGUCGGGAGCGGGGCUGAGAGUCGUGCUCGUCAGAGCGGCGCCGCGGACCCGGGGGCGGCCUCCAGGAGGUAACGGAGCCGCGCCUUCCCGGCGGCAGCGGCGGCGGGGCGAGGCGGCCAUGUUCGGGGGCCUGCGGCGGGAGUGUCGGUUGGGAGGCCGCUCGUCGGGCGCUCUGCGAAUGUGGCGCCGCGGCUCGCGGCUGGUUCCCGCCCCGAGGCUGCACGGUGCUCGCCGGCCCGCGCUGUCCAGGUUCCCGCCUCCGCUGGCUCUGCUGGUAUUACCGCGGGAGAACCGGGCGUCCGGCCUCGGAGGGCAGCGUCUGCCGACGCCAAAGCGUGGGAAGUGUCCCUUGGUUCCGGAGCCCGCCGUUUGAAGAAGAUCCUUGUAUUGAUUUUGUGCGGGACCUGAUUGGGUGUCAGUCAUCAAAGGUGCUGGUCGGGGAGAACACUAGAAGACAGGAGACGACUAACAGGUUGGAGUCCAUGAGCUGGGAAAGGACGCAGUGCUCUUGGGAGAAACCUCAGAGGCCUCAGGUUUCAAGAUGAAGCCAGCAGAAUAUGAGCCAGUGGACAUGUCCCAUGAGCAUGGAGAACUCUGGAAUACAUACCAGGGUCUGCAGGAACAGCUGAGCAGGAGUACUCAUACAGGGAGUCAGCCUGUAUGGGAGGGGGCUGGGCCUGCUCACCAGAUCCUAGCCUUUCCUGAGCAGACAAACACCAAAGACUGGACAGUAGUACCUGAGCUCAUCUUACCUGAGUCACAGAGCUCGUUGACAUUUGAAGAAGUGGCCAUGUAUUUUUCCCAGGAAGAAUGGGAGCUGCUGGAUCCCACUCAGAAGGCCCUCUACAAUGACGUAAUGCAGGAGAACUAUGAGACUGUCAUCUCUCUAGCUGUGCCUGCUCACCAGAUCCUAGCCUUUCCUGAGCUGAGAAACACCAGAGACUGGACAGUGGUUCCUGAGCUCGUCUUGCCCGUGUCCCAGAACUUGACAUUUGAAGAAGUGGCCAUGUCUUUUUCCCAGGAAGAGUGGGAGCUGCUGGAUCCCACUCAGGAGGCCCUCUACAAUGACGUAAUGCAGGAGAACUAUGAGACUGUCAUCUCUCUAGCAUUAUUUGUGCUCCCGAAACCUAAAGUGAUCUCCUGUCUAAAGCAAGGGGAAGAGCCAUGGGUUCAAGGGUCCCUGGAGUUGAAGGACACCUCUAGAAAGCUGCCUAUAGGGCUAAAACUCAAAAAUGAUGCUGAAAAUGAUCAGCCCAUAUGUCUUUCUGACUCAGAAAUAGAAGCACCGAGAGACAUAGUAUCGAAAAAGGCCAGAGUGUACAUUCCCCAAAACACAGUGGACAAAGAAAAUCAUGGUGAUGUGCACAGGGCAGAGACAUGUCACCAAGAUUUUCCAGUGAAGCAAACUAAUGGACUUCCAUCCUGGGAAAAAGAGCUGCUGAGACUUAUAGAGCUUCACAACAAAGCUCGUUCAGUAGAGAAGCCUUUUCCAUGCCAGGAAUGUGGGAAAAGCUUCCGAAUUAGCUCUUUGCUUAGCAAGCAUCAAAGAAUUCACAGUGAUGAGAAACCACAUAAAUGUCAACAGUGUGGUAAGAGUUUUACAUAUAGGUCAGAUCUUAACAAGCACUUAAGGAUACACCAAGGAAUAAAACCAUAUAAGUGCUCAUGGUGUGGGAAAAGCUUCAACCAGAAUUCAAAUCUCCGCACACACCAAAGAAUUCACACUGGAGAAAAGCCCUUUUCGUGUAGUGACUGUGGAAAGAAAUUCAGUAAGAAUGCCCACCUUAUUAAACACUGGCAAACUCACCUGUAGCACAUCGGGGGCAAUUGCAGCAGGCCAGCGAGCCUUCUUAGGCCCCAGACACUCCUCUAGGGAACGGAAGAUUUUCCAGUGUCUUCAGUCUGAAGAAAUUCACCAAAUGCAGCUUGACCCUAAAUUUUACGAAAAAUGCAACAUAAAGCUGGGGGAUUUUUUCUUCAGUGGAAAAUGUGAAGAUAUAAACAUCAUGUUUCACAGAAAGGAACGGAUGUUGUCUGUGGAAGGAAUGCAUUAGUAAUUGUACUGCUUCCUGAUUAUUUAUAACCGUAAGGGAACUCAUUAACCAAGAAGUUUUUUAAGAAUAUUCUUAAGAAGACAAAAGGCUGUUUUGGGAUUAUACCUGGCAAAAUAGCAAAUUCAGCUUCAGAUAGCAGUUGCAGCCUUGAAUCUGUCAGUCUUCUGUGAUCACAGAGGAAAUGGUGGUGUACUGCUCUCCCCAGCCUCCUGUAACACAUGGGAGGGAAACAUUUGCGGCAUGGUCUUCCAAAACAGAAAGCAAUAGUGUAUGUGUUCAGUUGCAUACCAUUAUCUUCAAGGCAGCAGACAUGCCAAUUUCCAUAGUCUUGCAGGGCAGAAGAAUUCUAAUGAAAGUUUCCCACGGAGCAAAUUGGAUUUCCUUUCUCUAGUUGUUGGACACAGUUCACAAAUUGGGACAUUGUUUGAGUCCCUGCAACUUUAGCUCUUAAAUCUUUUUAGCCUAAUUUUUACUGUGAUAAAAGUCACAUGUAAUUCACCACUAGGGAACCUAAUCACUAUCUCAUUCUUGUUAAUGGUUUUUGAAAAAGGAAACCAUGUACAAUGAGAUCAUAUGGAAUCAGGUUAGAAUUUUUAGCCAUGGAACAUAUCAGAUGUAAAGAAGAACUUCUAGUAAAAGAAACCAGACUGUUUGUUUACCUCCCAAAGUCAGUAGGAUAUGAACAACCAUAAGUCAGCAUUUUCCCAAGGCUUAAAAGAAACUUAGUGGGAGUUAAGGAUCAACUUACCAGGUUUUUGUUUGCUUGCUUUUUAAUUUGGCAUUUGUUUAGUAGAACAAGGCAAGAGUUACGUUUGGGACUGGAGUGUGUGCUGCCGCCAGGAUGUGGUUCAGUGUGCACGGUGACUGGGAUGCCAGUCAGCAGGAGACCCGGUUCCCAAGAGGAAAGGGUUGAGACCUGGUUCUGCGUGCUGGGCAAGGGUAGGUGAAAGCACACAAGUUGUCUGUCUGACACUGGAAGCUGUUCAGCAGGCAGGGUCUUCCUGUCUGUUUUCCCCAGAGCAGCGUUUCACAACAGGCUUAGGUGGUAAUGUCGGUAUAUAGCUGAAGGCCCCCUAUAUACUGAUGAUGUGCAGUUUUUUAUACCUCACCCUUUACUUGCUGUGGUGACUCAGAUAUGUUCCUGUUAGAGCUUUUAAGUGAUACCAGGAAAAGGGUUAAAUUACCACUUCCUGAUCUCUUUUUUUAUAAACCAGGAAUCUAAGGUUCAAAGAGAUGUGGGGGCUUGUUGCUAUCAGUAUAGCUAGUGGGUCUGUGGGUCGUCAGUGAGCCUCCUGAGCCCGGCCUGGAGGAGGGUCAGCAGGACUGGUGUGCGCUACCCUGCAGAGCCACUCUGGGUGACACUGCGUUGGGUCUGUUUCUAGCUUGUAGAACAUUUCCUGUUUCUGGACUGGCUACUGAAAUACUCUUGUUUUCGUUUUCCCUGUGAUGUAGAGAGAACCCUCAACUCAGGGUUGUUCUGGCAAUUAGGGGAAUUGAUGAAAGGAAAGCUCCUCCCGGCCUAGCCAGUAGUCGAUGCCCUCAGUGCACAUUUCUUUCUCCUUCCCCUCCUCCCUCCUGGGCUGCGGCAUUUGUUUGUUGGUACAAGACGGCACUGCUGUCUUCUCCUGCCUCAGUCAUGGAAGCGCCUGAGGCGGGGAGAGCUGCAAGGUGAAAACGGUCUGGAGCGCUGAGCCCCCACACCCCCACAUGGGGGAACGCGGCUGUGGAGAGUCCCCCAGGCCUAUCACAGACUUCUGGGAUGAGAACUAGACCUCUGUUGCGUUCACCAGUGACCCGUAGGUGCUGCGUGCUUCUGCAGCAUAACCGGCCUGUCCUAAUAGGGGGAGCUGUGCUGGAGCUCGGGAACCUUUCCUUUCAUCCCGCCACUUCAUUGGCCUUCAGAAGAGAUCUGGAUUCCUCCAGAUGCUCCACUGAGCAAAUGUGACACUGACGGGGGCACUCAGGAGCUCAGAAGGCUGUAGGUGACAGGAAACUCAGACGGCUGGUUACCCGGACGCAUCGUGGAGAAGUCUGGUUCGCGUGGGCUCUCCCUCCUCUCCCCCGCCCCUCACCUCGCUCCACCUACUUUGUUCCCCGGAGCUCCACUGCCCCAUGUGCACAAGAUGCAUUUAUUUCUUUUGAUGGUGGAUGAGGGAGAGGUCGGGGAUGCCCUGCAUUCCUCCUGUGAGUGCGGUAGAGUCCAGAUGAGUUGUGCCUCAAAAACACAUGGAACGUGGGCAAGAA